AUGAGAUACUCGUUCUCCGUUCUGACAGCAACAGCGCUGGCGCUGCUGCCCUUUGUGCAAGCAGCGAAGGAGGUUUUUGCUCACUUUAUUGUUGGAAAUGCACCUAAUUAUGACCUGUCCGACUGGCAAGAUGACAUUGCUCUUGCACAGAAUGCCUCCAUCGACGGCUUCGUUCUGAACAUUGCAUCUCAGGACGCAAGCAACGCCAACUCAUUGACCAAUGCCUUUCGAGCUGCCAACGCCGCCAACUUCAAGUUGUUCUUCUCUUUCGACUACAACGCCCAAGCGCCUUGGUCCAAAAACGAUGUAACCACCCUGAUCAACCGCUGGGCAAAUGAGCGUUCAUACUUCAAGCCCGACAACACCUACAAGCCUCUCGUUUCCACCUUCGAGGGACCUGGUCAUGCGGAGGACUGGCAUGAUAUCAAGGGCAAGACCAACUGUCUUUUUAUCCCAGACUGGUCCUCCCUUGGUGCUGCAAACGCGGCCACGACGGCGAGUAGUGUUGCGGAUGGACUAUUCAGCUUCGACGCUUGGCCUAAGGGGCCUUCUGUCAUGACCACGGAAGUGGAUGAAUCGUAUCGCGAAGCGUUGGGUGGUCGUCCUUAUAUGAUGCCGGUCGCCGGGUGGUUCUAUACCAACCUUCCUGGCUGGAAUAAGAACUGGCUCUGGAAGGGAGAUGAGCUCUGGGAUACGCGUUGGCAGCAGGUGAUCGACUUCCAGCCCGAUUUUGUGGAGAUUCUCACCUGGAACGACUACGGCGAGUCGCACUAUAUCGGUCCGGUCCGUGAGAAGUCGCUUGGGUUGUUCCAGAGUGGAAAUGCGCCGCUCAACUAUGCCAAGAACAUACCGCAUGACGGAUGGAGAAAGUUGCUGCCCUACUAUAUCCAGCAGUACAAGCAGGGCAGCAAGGCCCAGCCUACCAAGACGAGCACCACCAUCGUCACUAUGGCCCCCACUGCUACUUCCAUCACCACUGUCGUCACAACCCUCACGACCAUUGUUACCGCGCCAGCUUCGUCGAAGACCUCGGUCCCCUUCAGAGUGAAGGUGGUAGCGCAGGAAAACGUCGCCGUGAAAGAAGAGGCGAUCGUAGCUUAUUACCGAAUCAACCCUGCGAAGGCGUGCAACAACGGCAACACGACCGGUAACGACCCGAAUUACCAGCAGGUAUACGCGCCGGAUGAGCUGCUUCAGGACAACAUCUUCAUCACCGCUUUGUUGGCAGAGCCGGCCGAUAUCAGCGUCUCGGUCGGCGGGAGGGACCUGAAUGCCACCUUCUCAAAGAAGAUGCCGCAGGUUGGCGGAGCAGGAAUCUAUUCGGGCAAGGUCCUGUUCACCAACAGCACGGGGGAUGUCGUGGUGUCGGUGUCGAGAACCCUGCAAAACGGGACGACGGUGUUAAUCGUGGAGGCGAGGGGCGGCCCAUCCAUCACGACAGAGUGCGUGGGCGGGAUGGUGAAUUGGAAUCCUGCCGUCAUCAGCUCCUGA